UUGUUUUCUUGGUUCUUGUGAUCUGUACUGUAGUCAGCAUGAAUUUGAAGCUUGUGUCAAAGAGAAAUUCUGCCCAGGCACCAGGAUGUGGAGGGCCACAAGAGUCUGAUGCUGCGUCCUGCAGUUGUGCUGAAGAUGAAGAAGAGGAUGGACAAACAGUUGAUGGUUGCAUUGACUGGUCAGUGGAUCUCAAGACAUACAUGGCUUUGGCAGGUGAACCAGUCCGAGUGAAAUGUGCCCUUUUCUACAGCUAUAUCAGAACUAAUUAUAGCAUGGCCCAAAGCACAGGUCUUAGGCUUAUGUGGUACAAAAACAAAGGAGAUUUAGAAGAACCCAUUAUAUUUUCCGAAGUUAGGAUGAGCAAGGAUGAAGAUUCCAUAUGGUUUCACUCGGUUGAGCUGCAAGACAGUGGUUUCUACACAUGUGUUCUGAGAAACUCAACGUAUUGCAUGAAGGUGUCCAUGUCCUUGACGGUAGCUGAGAAUGAAUCUGGGCUUUGCUACAACAGCAAGAUCAGAUACCUGGAAAAAUCAGAAGUCACUAAGAGAAAGACAAUCUCCUGUCCUGAUAUUGAGGAUUACAAAACAGGCAGUCAAGAGCCAGAUGUGGUGUGGUACAAGGAAUGUAAGCCAAAAAUGUGGAGAAGUGUUGUAAUUCAGAAGGGAAAUACUCUCUUAAUUCAAGAGGUCCAGGAAGAAGAUGGAGGAAAUUAUACCUGUGAACUAAAGUUUGAAGGCAAGCUUAUACGAAGGACGGUUGAAUUCAAGGUUACUGCUUUACUCACAGACAAACCUCCAAAGCCAUUGUUCCCCAUGGAGAACCAGCCAACUGUUAUAGAUGUCCAGCUGGGAAAUCCACUGACUGUGGCCUGCAAAGCUUUCUUUGGAUUCAGUGGAGAAUCAGGCCCCAUGAUCUACUGGAUGAAAGGGGAAAAAUUCAUAGAAGAAUUAGAAGGUCACAUUAGAGAGGGCGAAGUCAGACUCCUCAGAGAACAUCUUGGAGAAAAAGAAGUUGAGUUGACAUUGAUCUUUGAUGCUGUGGAGGAGGCAGACCUGGCUAACUACACGUGUCACGUGGAGAACAGAAAUGGACGGAAACACGCCAGUGUUCUUCUGCGCAAAAAAGAUUUGAUCUACAAAAUAGAACUUGCUGGAGGACUGGGAGCCAUCCUUCUUCUGCUUAUUUUGCUCGUGACCAUCUAUAAGUGCUACAACAUAGAGUUAAUGCUGUUCUACAGACAGAACUUUGGAGGAGAUGAAGCAGCUGAUGACAACAAAGAAUAUGAUGCUUAUCUUUCAUACACCAAAGUGGAUCCUGAUGCAUUAGAUCGUGAUAAUAAUGAAGAGGAGCAGUUUGCACUUGAAAUUCUGCCAGAUGUUCUAGAAAAGCACUAUGGAUAUAAGCUCUUCAUUCCAGAUAGGGACCUGAUCCCUAGUGGAACCUACAUUGAAGAUCUCACAAGAUGUGUUGAGCAAAGCAGAAGACUCAUUAUCGUGUUAACUCCAGACUAUGUUCUCAGGAGAGGAUGGAGUAUUUUUGAGAUGGAAAACAGACUCCAUAACAUGCUAGUCAGUGGAGAAAUCAAAGUUAUUUUGAUUGAGUGUACUGAAUUAAAAGGGAAGGUGAAUUAUCACGAAGUGGAAUCAUUAAAGCACACCAUCAAACUUCUCUCAGUGGUCAAGUGGAAAGGACCAAAAAGCAGCAAACUGAAUUCUAAGUUUUGGAAGCGCCUAGUCUUUGAAAUGCCAGGGAAGAAAAAGGAGGUGGUGUCGCGGCAUCAGGUCCUGGAUUCUGCAGAGCAGGGCCUCUUUGGAGACCUCCAGACUGUGCCCUCUCUUGCCGUCACGGGCACUUCUGCCACGCUGGUGGAGUCGCGGGCGGCUUUGGGCGGUUUCCAGCCGGCAGACUCCGCGCACACGAGGCACUUCUGCCGCGGCUACGAGUGCGACGUGUCGGCGGCCACGUUGCCCCUGGCCUCCAUCAGCAACCACCACACGUACUGUAACAUCCCCCUGACGCUCCUCAACGGACAGCUACCUCUCAACAACGCCGUCAAGGACGCCCAGGAGUUCCACAGGAACAGCCCCUUGCUGCCUUUGUCGGCCAAGGAGCUCAGCUUCACCAGUGAUAUCUGGUAGAGCACCAGGGCUCUUUGGAGACGCUUCAUGGCCACCAUGAAGAGGCGCCUGUAAAGAACUUUGCCCUACCCGCAUGGGGUGAGAAAACCUAUUCAGAGCAGCAGCACACUUGUUUGCUUUUCUACUUGAACUUUUUUUGUUUACAUUUACAAAUUAUUGACGAAGGGGGCAUUCUUUUGUAACUCGGUAAUGUCCUUCCUGUCUUUUAAUGUACAGUUUUAUUGCUUCUUUAAAAAGGAGGGGGGAGAGAAAAACGCAUCCCAUCACUUCACAGUAGGUUUACAAUCUGGGACAGAUAAAAGGUCCCUGGGUACGUUUUCCAACAUCCAUCCAUAUUUAAGUAGCAGUAUUUGGAAUACACAGAAGUUGUUGGGUUUUUCAUAUAGACUACAGUACAGUUUGAAAUUCUAAUCAUGCUACAAAAAUUAGUGUCUCCUGCACAGACCACAGGGGGUGAAUAAUCUUGAAAAGGAAGGAGAAGGAAACCUUCCUGGUAACAUUGUCUUGCAAAUACUUCUUAGAAGAUGCCCAGCUGAAACAAAGCAGAUGAAGCUUUAUCAAUAAAGUGCAUAGUAACAGUUACUACAAAAUAAAUCACCUGCUCCCAUCAGCAUCUCUUCAUUUUAUUAUUGAGGCAUGUUGUAUUCCUAGUCAAUGGUUAGCAAUGUGGUUUUAUUUAACAACUUACUAGAAUACUGGAAGAUGUUUAGGAGGAUUUUAAACAAUUUUUCUGUCAGCAACAUAUUAUUUCACAAUUUUUUGCAGAUUUUUAAUGACUUUUUCCAAACAGUUUAAAUAUAAAUUUAGCUGUCUAUUGGCCAAUUCAUUGAUCUGAAAUUUCUUAAGAUUUAAUAUUUGUAGUAAAGUAAUUUUAUGUAGGAUUAUUUUUCCAAAACCAUUAGUUACAAUUUGAAUUAACCUUUUUUUUUUUGUGAGAACAUCAGCAAUAGAAAACUACAGCAAUAUUCAGAGAUUAAGUGCUGAUUUAUUCAGGUUUACUAGUAAGUCUGACUUCCGUUGCAGUGAUAAUCACCUGAAACAGUUUUCUCUCUUGUUUAUCUACCUGCCAAAUUAUGUACCUUUUAUAUGGCAGAAGCAGAACUAUUUCUGCUCUCUGUGUAACUAGUGAAAAGUGAUAUUUUUAAGCAACUGGCAAGGUCUUGCAUUUCACACUUGUGUGAGUGAUGCCAUCAGUCAAAUAGGAUCCUGUCAUUUAGCAUUGCUGCCGCUGGUGGAUGAGAAUUGUUGCACAGGUGCUGGGCAUCAGGCAUUGCUGCUCAGCGAGUACCAGGCUGGUGCAUGGAGAUUUCCACACUCAGCUGGGAAAGGGUUGCAGAGUCAGGCUAUGGAGACAACUCUAUCAAAGGAAAAAGCUCUAAAUAAUGAAGGCAAAAGCCAGUUUUGCAGGUUAUGGCAUGGCUCUAAUGAAAACACAGCAGACAUGAGAGUUUUGUCUCAAUAAGAUCUGCUGGAGCAAGUUCCCAAAAAUAUUUUUAAGGCAGGCAGCCUUGCCUGUUCUUCAGUAUGUCUUUAGCAUUUUUCUCUUUGAUUGCAUGAAUAAAAGUUAGCACUCUGCACUCAGCUGCCUGUGGUUUCAUCAGCAAACAAAUUCAGUAAAUCCUUGACAUUUUGCAGUGGUUCCUAAAUUGUACCCUACAGUCAAAUGGAAACAAACACUGACCUAAGACUUAAAAGUAUCCAGAAUUGGCCCAAAGGCCAUGAAAAUGAUCUCAAAUGUGCAAUAAUUCAUAGAGGUCAGUAUUUUUCCAUUGCUUCUUUCCCCAGUUCUUUAUUCUGUGCCCUCCUUCACUAGUCAUUGUCUGUAAGAUUUUUCAUUAGGUUCAAAAUAAUACAUGUUUCUCUCAUUUUUUUCUAAUAUGUUAUGCAUUUGACACUAACACUGAAAGUGAAAAUCUAGAAAAGAUAUUAAUUUAUUACACAGUAUAGAACUAUAACUUGCUUUUUUGUGAAGUUAAGUUCCAAACAUAGGUGUUUAAUAGACGUAUUUUUCUACUGAGAAAGAAAGCGAUUUUACCUCCAUUAUAAAUAUAUGUAUUUCAACUUCCUCCCAAAAAUUUACAAAAUUUGCACUGUUUUAUAAAUGUUACAGACUGUGUUUACACUGGCUAUGUUCUUUAAUGCAAAGUGUAAUGAAAAAAAAAACCAGAAAAAAAUCCUAAAUGAAAACCCUGCAUGAAAAGAGCUGCAUAUGUUUAAAUGAAAAGCUGUACUUUUCAUUAUUUUCCUUCCCACAUUAUUCUAGAAUCUGAUUAAUUCACAUAGAAUGUUCAGUGAGAUUUAAACCUGCUAGUUCUGUAUUAAGCAUGCAAACUCAAAAAAAAAAAAAAAAAGAAAGAAAAAAAACAUAUGCAGGUUGGUCUGCUUCUUUUAUUUACAGGGAUUUAAUAUCAGUAACAAAUUCAUUUACCCAAUGAUGAUAUGUCUCAGAGCAGUAGUUAUCCUAAAGCAAAAUGCAGUCAUGUUUGUAUUGAGGAAACAUGAAAAGAACAGGUUUUCAGUCCUUUUGCAAAAGCACACUGAGUGUCUGUGUAUCGAUAUCUUUUAGUUAUAGAUGCCAAGUCACAAUCUGCUUUAAGGUUUCUGAGUGUAUGUUGAGUACUAUGACAAUAUAUAAAUGAAUCAGACCUGCCUGUGCCCCUCUGCUUCUGGGGGUGGGCACCUGAGCUCGGGGCCUCGUGUUGACUCAGCUUGUGUGAUAUCAGUACAGAACCACAGAAUUGUUUAGGCUGGGGAAGAUCUCUGAAAUUAUAAACUCUAACUCUUAACCCAGCUCUGCCAAGCCCACCUCUGACCCGAGUGCCCAGGUGCCACAGCCACGUGGUUUCUGUACACCUCCAGGGAUGGUGACUCCACCACUCACCUGGGCAGUGCUUGACAGCCCUUUCAGUGAGUAUUUUUUUCCUAAUCCAAUCUAAACCUCCCAUGGCUCAGCUUGAGGCCAUUUCUUUGUGUUCUGUUAUUGUUACUUGGGGAGAGAGACUGAGCCACACCUGGCUGCACCCUUCUUUCAUGGAGCUGUAGAGGGAGAGAAGGUCCCCUCUGAGCCUCCUUUUCUCCAGGCUAAGCCCCCCAGCUCCCUCAGCUGCUGCUCAUCAAAUUUUUAUGCUCCAGACCUUUCCACAGCUCUGUGUCCUUCUCUGGACACGCUCAAGCCUCUCUAUGACAUGCAAGAGGCCAAGUGUUUCCACAGGUAGC